GAACGAGUAAUAGCGUCUAAUAUAAAAAAUAAAAUAAUAUAUACUGGCUCUGAUGAAGAAGCUUAUGCAGAGAUUUUACGUCAGCAUAAAGCCAAGAGAGAUGCUAUUUUUUUUUCAACUGAAAAGCAAAUUAUUGAAAACGAUCCGUUUAGGCCAAGUAAGCUCCCGAAGACAAGGAAUACUACUUCAAUAAUUAAUAGUGUAACACUUUACAAAUUUGAUAAUAGACAUAAUAUUGGAGUAGAAGAUCAAAAGACUACUGGAAAUGAAGCAAAUAGACAAGUCUCAAAUUUGAAUGAAAAGAGUGGUGAAAAUGUUCCACCAUCUCGAAAAAGAAAAAUUGAAAAUUCUGCUCUGAAGGAUCUUUUCAAUGAACAAGAAAUUAACUGGAAUUGA